CCAACUGUAAACUGAAACAGCUGAAAAAGCAGUCUGAAAACAACUACACAAGAAUUUGGAGAGAGCGAAGACUUUUAGUGUAAAAAACAAAAUGGCCGCGUUAAUAGCUCCUACUGAUGAUAUGGAGAUGGAGAAGAUCGCAGAGGAUGAACUGUCCAAGUUGCAGAGACAGUUCAGGGUGAUGGAGAUAGACCGGGCUACAGUGCUGAGCAGCGUGCAGCCCACCCUAAGGAUGCAGAAGAACAUAAUCAACACCUUGAAUGCUGACCUCGAAAAGAUCAUGCUGGAACUCAAGUUCACCAAAAGCACUUCCAACCUCAUGGAAGGCGCAAAAAGCCGGGAGAAGUUGAUUGCUCUUCUGAAAGACCACGAAAAAUAUUCGAGUGAAGUGAAAGAUCAUCGGGAAACUAUCAAAGAACUGAACUUCUUAUUGAAGCAAGUGCAGAAGGAAAUCAAAUCGCUGAGGUCCAAAGUUAUGGGGACAGAAAUCGCGUACUCCAACGUCCUGACUGGUCAGACCCUGAUCAGUCAGCUCGAGAACCGCCUGGACACUGCUAUGAAGAAAUUCAAUACGGUGAACAGCGAGAAUUACUCCAUGAGACUGGAAAUUGAUAGGUUGCUAAGAGAUCGGCAAUUCUUCAACACCCAUUGGAAGAAUCAGCUUAAGCGUCUGAUGGAUGGCAAGGCGAUGAUCAUAGAACUGCUGGAGCAAGCAAUCUCCACGUACGACCAGCGCGAGGAGUGGUGCUCCAAGCUGGACGCCCUCAAGGAGAAGGCAGCUACGGACUAUAGGAAACACUGCUUAGAAGUUCGUGAACUCCAACGUCAGUUAGACCACAGCAUGAAGCUGGAGGAGUUCCUCCGUACAAAGGGCACGGUUCGGUUGACGGCGGCUGAUGCCAAGGCUGAAGCCAAGAAACUGGAGCAGCAGGAGGAGGAGAUGAGAAUCUACAAUAACUAUGUUAAUAUACUGGAUGCUUUGAAGGAGUUUGCCGGUGAAGAUGACGUGGACAAACUAAUCCAGGAGUUCACACGUCGCGAGGAGGAGAACUACGCUCUGUUCAACUACAUCAACGAAGUCUGCACCGAACUGAAGAACCUCAGUGACAACGUCAAGAUGUUGAGAGCUAAUAUUGAGGAAGAAACGGCCAAGCACCAGGCUAAACUCUUCCAGCAGCAGGACAGCAUCGAGUCACUGCGCAGUACUCUGGAAGAGAAGCGACAAGCUACUGCCGACGCGCGCGCCAUCUGUGAGAGAAGCUCGCAAGUUCUCACCACUUUGUUGCAGCAAAUACAUGCUUUAGCGCUGUUAAGCACACUCGUGCCAUCUAGUGACUACAAUAACAGUAGCCCUCAGUUUACUCUGAAAACUUUUUACAGGACUUCUGAAUGCGACUCUCUACCACUUCUUAAGCUGCUGGGCAAAGCGUUUGACAUCAACGUCACGAACGCUCGCCUCUAUAUCAAGAGCUUGGAGAAAAAAGUACUGGAGAUCAUCGACAUCAUCAGGAUUGAUGAGUUGAUCCAGCGUCAGACGGAAUCGAAGGAGCGUACUCCACCAUCGACUCGACGUCGUCGUGGCCGCGCCGCCCCGCCCGCCCGGCCUAGAGACUCAGUCGCUGCACAGGCUUAA